UGGUAAUAAAUUAAUAAUAAAAAAAUAUAUAUUAUCUUUGGACUCCAUCUAGGAUUUUGACAGCUUUUUGAUCAAACAGCAAAAAAGCAUCAAAACCCAUUAUCAGAAUCAAGAGAGAAUUAUUCUCUCUCUCUAAUGGAAGCCGAUGUAUCCAUCUUCUUCCAAAUCAAAGCCCUAAAAUUGCAUAUCUGAAUCUCUUUUUCUCUAUAAUUCUUUUUGGGCUUUUGUGAGAUUCUUUGGGGAAUCGAAAAUGAAAGGUGGUGUUGUUUUUGUCGCGAUUUUCUUCUUCUCUUUAUCCGCAUGCUGUUUGAUGACUUCGGCGAGUGUGGUUUUGAUUGGCAGGAAUGUUACUUUGUCUUUCGAUGACGUUGAAGCUAAUUUCGCUCCAGCAGUUAAGAGCUCCGGUGAAUGUGGGUUAUUGUAUUUGGCAGAGCCCCUUGAUGCGUGUUCAGAUUUGACAAAUGAAGUUGAAAAAGCUUCAAAUAUUACUUCCCCAUAUGUUUUAAUUAUAAGAGGAAGGUGUAGCUUUGAGGAUAAAGUUAGAAGAGCACAGAAGGCUGGGUUCAAAGCUGCAAUUGUGUAUGACAAUGAAGAUGAUGGCAUCUUGGUUUCAAUGGCAGGGACUUCAACUGGUAUAAAAAUACAUGCUGUAUUUGUUUCUAAAUCUUCUGGUGAAACACUCAAGAAGUAUGCUGGGCUGAGAGACAUGGAGCUUUGGUUAAUCCCAAGCUUUGAAAAUUCUGCAUGGUCUAUCAUGGCAAUAUCUUUUAUUUCUCUGCUGGCCAUGUCUGCAGUGCUGGCUACUUGUUUCUUUAUUCGUAGGCAUCGUAUAAGAAGAGAGCAGCCUCGUUCUUCUCGUGUCCGGGAGUUCCAUGGAAUGAGCCGCCGCUUGGUGAAAGCAAUGCCAAGCCUAAUAUUCACAGCUGUUCUAGAGGAUAACUGUACUUCAAGAACAUGUGCCAUAUGCCUUGAAGACUAUAGUGUUGGAGAGAAGCUCAGGAUUCUGCCAUGUCAACACAAAUUCCAUGCUUUUUGUGUGGACUCCUGGCUUACCACAUGGAGAACCUUUUGCCCAGUAUGCAAGCGUGAUGCAAGAACUAGCAAUGGUGAUCUGCCAGCCUCAGAAUCCACACCAUUACUUUCAUCCAGCCCAGCCUCUGUGGCUUCUUCUUCUGUGUUGUCAUCCUUUAGAUCUACAUCGUCGCUGGCCAUACAAAUUGCCCCUACAUCAUUGCAGUCCCCAUCAGUUUCUCAUAUUCCAUCAUCACGAUCCCCUUCAGUUUCCCGUAUUCCUCCUCUUUCUAGCACUCCAUAUGUCCAGCAGUCUCUUAGGUCAUACCAUCAAUCACCUUCUCUAAGCGUAAGUCGCAGCUCAGCAGAUCUUAGGCAUGCCUCUUCGCAAAGAUCCAUUGCUUCUCAUUUAGUUUCACCCCACUCCUUGGGUUACCCAUCAAUAUCACCUCUUAACUCGAGAUACUUGUCUCCAUAUAUGCCUAGCCCAAGCAAUGCCUCGCCUAGUUUUAUAAGUUCUUCAAGUCAUCAACCGCGCCCACUUCAUUGUAGCGAGUCUGCUGCAAGUUUCUCCCCAUUUGCCUCUGCACAGUCACUCCCAGAAUGUUAAUUUGAGAUUUCAUUUUAUGAUUGGGAGCUUUUAGGUAUGUGCCCAACUAAAUCAACAGUCGUUGCAUCCUUCAAACCUCAUGAUGUCUUAGGGUAUAAGUUCGUGAUUGGAUUCAUCUGAAAUGAUGGUUGCCUUGUUGCACAAUACCUGGAACAUGAGAUGCUGAUGACUGAGUUGUACAUUGUAUCAUACCAUUCUGCACCAUGUAUUAAUUUCCAAGCGAUAACUACAGUUGAGGUUUCAGAAAAUUUUACACAGUUUUAUGAGUGUGUUGUAUCAAGCUAUGUUGAAAUUGAUGUUUGAAUAGUUUGGAUUGGUCGAUUAUAGUUUAACCCUGAAGGCACUAACCCUUUAUAUGUGAAGAGUGUGAAGUUGGAGGUCC